AUGGGGCCGCUUCCGCCGAGCAGAUCUGGUCACGCGUAUCUUCUCGUAAUCCAAGACCUCUUCACUAAAUGGGUUGAGUGUCGUCCGCUUCGUAAGGCGACAGGUAAAGCAAUCCGAGAGGCGAUCGAAGACCUCGUUAUAUUUCGGUGGGGAGCACCUCGCGUAUUGUUGACUGAUAACGGUACGGAAUUUGUCAAUCGCGACUUACGGGCACUCGCGGAACAAUACGGCAUUAAGCACUCGACGGUGCCGCCAUACCACCCGCAAGCCAAUCCGGUCGAACGGGUGAAUCGCGUGCUAAAGACUAUGAUUACUGCGUUUCUAGACCGGGAUCAUCGAGAAUGGGACCGACACAUCAACGAAUUCCGUUUCGCUUAUAACUCCGCGCACCAUACGUCGCUCCAAGCGACCCCGGCAUUUCUCAACUUCGGGAGGGAACCUCAACCUGUUAGUUUGCGCGGACGAGAAGAUGUCGAGAUCGAAGACGCCGAUCCCGCCAAUUGGAGAGAGAGGAUGGAAAACAUCCGACAGUUGCGCGGGUGGAUUGUAGAGAAUCUCGAGGCCGCGCGGGCCAAGCAAACGCGGUAUUACAACUUACGACGGCGGGAUCGACAGUUCGCCGUAGGCGAUCUCGUUCUGAAACGGCAACACAUUUUGUCGUCCGCCACGCAGCAUAUCUCUGCAAAAUUAGCCACGAAAUAUCACGGUCCGUUUGUCGUUCAUAAAAUUCUGUCGCCGGUAGUCUACGAACUCGCCGAUCCCCUCGGUAACGUAAUCGGAAAAGUCCAUAUUAAGGAUUUAAAGCCUUAUCGCGAGUAA